AUGACGGAGCUGUUUGUUGAUGCCGUUGUCGAUUUUGGUGGGCCCAAAUGGAAUCGUGUCCUGCAGAUCCUUCCUGCCGCGGAAAUGCGCAAGAUGGACGACGACGGAUCUCGUCAUCCAUUGUUCUUCUGGAGAAUUGGCGGCGGAACAGAGUUCUUUUGCAAGUGCACUAGUCUGGAAUUCCAGCGUUGGGGCAACUCGAUGAAAUAUCGAUUCAAAGCUUCUGGCCAUCUAACCGACGGGGGCAAACCAAUCGGCACGCCAUCUAUCUGGGAAGUGAACCUUACGUCUCGUGCUACCUGGUCCACGGAACUCAACAAGAUGAAGGGAACCAACUCCUCCGUUCGUGUGGUUGGAAUCAACUUUGUCUAUCCUGAAGGAGAGAAACGUGACAAUGAUAUUGUCCGUGUCGAAGCUCUUAUUCCUGUCACAUCUGAUGUGGACAAGGGCAAGGUGCUCAAAAAGUGUGUUGACUGGGGCAAGACAGUUGUCGACGGCAACAUUCUGUACCGAGAACUCAUUGACGAAUUGCCUGCUGACCAUGAAAUCUAA